GCCGGCCCGCGAGCGCCGCGAGGCGGCGGAGGUCCACCAGCGCAGUGCGAUGGAGGCGACCUCGUCCCGCGCCCUCCGCAUCGUGGCCGUUGCGGGCAUGCCGCCGGAGGAGGCGCGCGAGCGGCAGGGGGACGAUGGCGAGGAGGCCAAGGCCGAGGCCGAGGCGCGCAGCAGAAAGAAAGCAGCAGACAGUCAACCCGCACAGGAGACCAAGUGCGACGCCGAGGCGGAGGCAACCGUGGCAGCGCCGCUGGCCUCGCCAAAGUCGCGGCCGCCGUCGCUACGACAGGAAGCGGCGGCGCCAGUGCUGGCACCCACGUGGCUCGACGCGGGCGUGGCGGCCGCGUUGUUCCGCGAGGCUGCGGCGGUGCUGGUGUCUUUGGAGCCCGCUGGGCAGCUCUGCUGUGAGAUCUGCGAGCUGCUCUCACCGGGAACCCCUGGCUCCGACUGCAGCCAUGACCACGACUCGGAGGGGCGAUUGCUCGCGCGGGCGCAGCAGCGGGCGCAGCGCUGGCUUCCGCGCCUGGACACGCUCGCGGGCCAGCUGGAGUUUGAGGCCAAGGAGGCUGACGCGCGGGCGCAGCGGGUGAACCCCAGAGGUGUGCUGGAAGACGCCCGCUUCGUGUGCUCUGCAGCGGGGCCCGCCGUGCAGCGGAUGCAGACCGACCUGGGGGCGGCCGCGGCCGUAGGGGCACUGACCCUACAGGACGAGCUCGAGCAGUUCGCGGCCGACGUGGCGUCGGGUGCCUGCGGGGGCCGAGGAGGGCCGAUGGCUGGCCCAGGCAUGCCCGAGGCCCUCUCCGAACUGUGGGCGGGGUUCGGUGGCGCUGCAAAAGGGUACGCCUCCUUCGUGGAGGAGGUCGCGAAGGUGCCCUGCCCUGGAGAGGCCCUCGGCGCCGGCGCGGCGUGGCGCCGCCUCCUCGCCGAGGUGGAGGUCGCGCUGCUGCUCGCGCACCUGGGCGGCCAGGCCAUGGCCUACAUCGGCCUGGCGCAGGCGCAGGCGCCGAGCGGGUCCUGCGGUGGCCUCCUUCCAGACGGCGUGGUGGCCCGGAAGGUCAUGAUGAGCGUCGUGCUCCCGCCCCUGCAGCGCCGCGCCCGCUACGUCGCCGCGCGGGUGCAGUGGUGGCUACGGCGCCAGGCGGCGCUAUCGCUGGAGCGGAUGCGGACUCCGGCGGAGCACCUCCCUGGCAAGCUCCAUUCCCCCACGUUGGCGCGGUGCCGGGCGGCGUUGUGCUCGGGACCCGCAGUGGCCUCGCUCGUCGAGGAGGCGCUGGACGUCGCGGCCGCGGCCGCCUCUGCACAGGUGCUCUCGGACCUGGACGCCGUGCUUGCGGCGGGCUGCCUGCACCCGCGGCUGCUGCUGCUUCCUGGCACGCGGCCAGACGAGGGUCUUGUGGGCCUGGAGGUGGCGCCCAGGUCCGGUGCCAAGCGGCGCGUGUUGGAGGAGAUGCAGGCGAGAGCUUCCGUGCCCGCUCACGGCACUCAGACGCGCGCGCUGGUGGCCGCUUGCUUCCGCAAGCUUCGCACCGCCGUGGCGGGCAAGGCCGUGGGUCUCGCGCUCGUCGCGCAGGCGGCCUUCGCCAACCGCCUCAUCGACGAGGCUGCGCGCAGCGAGCAGCUCGGCAGCGGGCGAUGCGCGGCGCUCACGGCCGAGCACGAGCGGCUGACCGAAGCGGGCAGACAGGCGGCAAGCCGUGCCUCAGCGCAGGGGUGGCUGCGCGAUUGCGAGGCGUAGGCUCGCCCUGGCCGACCAGAGGGCAGCUCCAGGGGGAGGGCAAGAGACCCGAGCGCAGGGCGCGGGCGCGGCGGCGCCGCGCGACGAGCCAGAGAGGUCCAGCGGCUGCCAGGCCAAGGGAGCCCCCGAGCGGCCCUGCGGGCGCGGCGCGGGCCAGCCGCGCGGCCCCUGCCGCCGCGGCGCUGGCGCAGGGCGUGCUGUGGGCUGCAGCAGCACGCGACCGGGCCGACUGCCGGGGGUUGGGCAGGCUCGGGGUCCGAGUGGCGCAGGGCGGGCGGUGAAUUGGCGGCGCGGGCCGCCGCGCGCGGGGGCGCAGCGUCAGGGUGAGCGCAGGCGGCACCAGCGCGGCUGGGCAGG